CCCUCUAUCCUCGGCGCAGGAGUCACUUACCUUCCUCCUCACCUAUAUCUCAUCGAAUAUCCCACUCAUCCCGUACAAUACGAACUUCAUAAUGCCCGCUGAUAAGCCUGAAAAGAUAAAGGUCCUCAUGGUGUGUCUCGGCAAGUUGGUCUGUCUCCCUCGAUAUGUUGUAAUAUUUGCUUACCUAGAAUAAUAAUAAUAAUAAUAAUAAUAAUAAUAAAUAAAUCUUCCAACUUUAGUAUUUGCCGAUCGCCCAUGGCAGAAGCUGUCCUCAAACAUCAAGUGACCCUCCGGCCUGAAAGUUUUUCCUCCAAGUUUGAUAUUCGUGUAGAUUCUGCAGGAACCGGUGCUUACCAUGAAGGAGAGUCUCCAGAUUCCAGGACGGUAGCAGUUUGUCGAAAGCACAAUGUCCCAAUAAGUGGCGUGGCAAGGGCUGUGGACAAACGUGAUUUCCAAGAGUACGAUUAUAUCCUUGCUAUGGAUCGGCACAACUUGGAAACCCUCUUACACAGACAGCCUGCUUCGUCAAAGUCCCACAUAACACUCUUUGGCUCGUAUGAUCCCUCUUUGCCACAGUCUGCCAUUGGGCUUCCCAAAACACGCGCUCCUGCGAUCGAAGACCCGUACUAUGGUGGGCGAGAUGGAUUUGACAAAAGCUUUGAAAGCUGUGUGAAAUUCAGUAAUGGAUUUCUUGAUUGGUUAGAGAGGAACCGGAACUAA